AUGGCUUUCCUUCUCCCCAUCCUCGUGGCUACCCUGGCUGCUGCCUCUCCCUUGACCCAAUUCAUCACCAAGCAGGCUCUUGACACUGUCCCCGACGGCUGGCAGCUCAAGACCGCCGCGCCUGUUGACCAGAAGCUGAAUCUCUACAUCCGUCUCAAGGAACAGAACAUUGAUCAGCUGCAGCAGCGCACUCUUGAGAUUAGCGACCCUGACCAUGCAGACUACGGAAAGCACCUCACCAAGGCUGAGAUUGAUACCCUCACUGCUCCUACCAAGGACACUGUUGACUCGGUCACCAAGUGGCUGUCGUCCCACGGUGUCGAUGCCGGAAAAAUCCAGAGCGGCUUCCUGACUGUCUCUGUCAGCGUCGACCAGGCCCAAAAGAUGCUCAACACCGACUACGGCGUUUACACCAACGCCGCCACAGGUCGCGAGACUGUACGCACUACCAGCUACAGCCUCCCCCAAUAUGUCCAUAGUGCCAUCGACAUGGUCCAGCCCACCACCCUCUUUUCCGACCUUGGCCUCAGCACCAGGAACAUGAUUCCCUUCCAAGAGCUCCCUGCGUCCUCCAACCAGGCCCGCGCUGGAGAUGUCUGCGCUCAGGAGGGCUCAUCGACCAAGUGCCUUCGCCAGAACUACAAUAUCAAGGGAUAUACUCCCUCGAGUGGAAAGACGACGUUUGGCAUUACCGGCUUCCUGGGGGAAGUCCCGGACCCCACCAGCCUCAGCAACUACCUGAAGAAGUUCGACAGCGACAUUCCUUCCAACACUACUUUCAGAGUUGAAGCUAUUAACAAUGGCCCCACUGCGCCUGGUGGUGUAGGCGAAGCGGACCUCGAUGUGCAAAUUUCCGUCGCACUGGUCCACCCCAUUGAGACUGUCUUCUACUCUACCCCCGGUAGCCCCCCGACCACUGGACCUGGUGGCGAGCAAAACGAGCCGUACCUCGACUGGCUCACGUACACUCAGAACUUGGACCACCCUUCCCAGACCUAUUCAAUCUCUUACGGUGACGAUGAGCCCACCGUCCCCAACGACUACGCCGACGCCGUUUGCGCGCAAUUCUUGAAGCUUGGCGCGCGUGGUGUCAGCAUUCUCACUGCUUCCGGUGACUCGGGCGCUGGAGGCAGCAGCGCUUGCCAGGACGGCAAGGUUACCUACAAGCCCUCGUUCCCCGCCAGUUGCCCCUGGGUCACCGUCGUCGGCGGCACCACUGGCUACGGCUCCAACGAGCAAGGCUUCCGCGAUGGUGGUGGUGGCUUCUCCAACCACUUUGGCACUCCCGACUACCAGGCAGCUACUGUCAAGGGUUACGUGGCACAGCUUAACAGCUCAACCAAAGCCUCUUUCAACGCCUCUGGUCGUGCCUACCCUGACAUUGCGGCACUCUACACCAACUUCCCCCUCUUCCGCGGUAGCCGCCAAGGCACCAGCGGUGGCACCAGCGCGUCCACUCCUACCACUGCUUCCAUCAUUGCCCUUCUCAACGACUACCUCGUCUCCAACGGCAAGAGCCCUCUUGGGUUCCUUAACCCUUGGCUCUACAAGAAGGGCAAGGCCGGUCUGCGUGACAUUUCCAAAGGACAGAACAACGUCUGCUCCACACAGGCUGCAUUCCCUGCCGUCAAGGGCUGGGAUGCUUCCACUGGUCUUGGUGUGCCCGACUUUGUCAAGCUCAAGGCGCUUCUGUGA